AUGGCCUCUUUCCAGGAACGUGCCCAGCACGCCGUCGCUCAGCUCGACAAGGAGCUCUCCAAGUACCCGGUCCUCAACAACCUCGAGCGCCAGACCAAUGUCCCCAAGGUUUACGCCAUCCUGGGCCUUGUCGGCGUGUACUUCUUCCUCGUUUUCUUCAACAUCGCUGGCGAGUUCCUCGUCAACUUUGCCGGUUUCCUCCUCCCCGGCUACUACUCCCUCCAGGCCCUCUUUUCGUCGGGUACCGCGGAUGACACCCAGUGGUUGACUUACUGGGUUGUCUUCGCCUUCCUGACCGUUAUUGAGAGCGCCAUCAGCGCCGCCUACUGGUUCCCCUUCUACUACAUCUUCAAGUUCGUCCUGAUCCUCUGGAUGGCCCUGCCCCAGACCAAUGGUGCUCAAAUCGUCUUCCACUCCUUCCUCCAGCCCGUCGCUGGCCGCUUCUUCUCCAGCACUGGCACCUCCGCCAACCUCCGUGCUCAGGCCGAGGCUGCUGCCAAGUCCCAGUAA